AUGGAUCGCCGCAAAGAAAUGCGCACCGAUGCGUCCGCUGCAUUACAGCUGUCCAUCACUGAAUCCCUCAGGAACCUCUACCUUGGAAUUUUAGCGUACAUCUUUGGGGACCAAGAGAUGUCUAGCGUCAAGCCUGAAAUACUCCUGAACCGAAUGCUCUCCACGAAAUCGGCCAUCUCAACAACCUCUAUCUGCACCGAUAAGAAUCAGUGGGCUCGCGAUGGCAUCGGAGAGAAAGUUUUCACGACAGUCGGGCAAGGACAGUGCGGUACCGUGUAUGCACUUCGAGGGACCACGAUGGUUAUCAAGCUGCCAAACUCUCCUCAAAAAUCAGACCAGCUAUUCAACGAUUUCCAGAUUCACUCCGCAGUGAAAAAUGCUUUCACCUCUCUGCCUGCAACGAUGCGCACCAGCUACAAUAUCAACAUCCCCGAGGUGAAAAUGUGGGUGGAUCCCGUGGCCUCCCAUUUCUGGUCUGAACAUGCGUCUAUGUUCCCAGACACCGAGAAUUCUGUCGAUGUUCCAAAUUAUGGCCUAGUUACAGAACGUAUCUUUCCGCUACCUCUCCCUGUCCGGUCUGCCAUCGUGGAUACAUUCUGUCCGAAAGAGAUCAAGAAACAGAAGGACAAGUUCCUCAAGAUGCCGGAGAAUAAGGAUUGUCUCGUCCGACUUUAUCUGGGUAGAUAUCGGAAGGACAGUCCCAUGACCCCCGAAAAUGUCCGGCUUCGUAACUUCCCACUGCAUAUCGACGAGAUGCAGUACCUCAAGCUCGACGUUGAAAUGUUCGCAAAGAUGAUAGCACAAGCACUAGCGGUUCUGCAUUGGAAGGUUGGUGUGGACGCGAACGACAUCGAAUUUGUUCUUGGGAGCACCCCAGAGAUAAGUCCGGCACCAUCAGCUACAGAGAUUCAGAAUGCAGGAAAAGACACCUCGGCUGCCUACUAUGUUUCGGACUUCAAACACCGGACGGUGUCAAUGUGGCUUUUGGAUUUCAACCUGUGUGCGAAGUUCAGCAAGGACCCUUCAGGCCUAAAGAAGAUCGUGGACGGUUUCUGGUGGAACGAUCCCUACUAUCCUCGUCCUAGUGACAAGUUGUGGGACGUGUUCGUAGAGCACUACCUGGGGAUCAGUUAUGAGUUCAACAAGACUACUAUGCCGAAGGCAUUCAUCGACGAGGUAGUUGAGGUUGGCAAGAAGCGUGCAGCGGGUGGCUUAUUUGCAUAG